AUGGCAAGUGCUCCGGCCUUUGGUAUUAUCAAUUGGUCCUUGACCUUAAUCAGCAUAUUUCUAUUUUUAAUCUUAUUUAUUUUAUUUUUGAAAAUUCGAAAUGAACAACGAGAAAAAGAUAUUUCCUUAUACUUAACCAUGAACACUUGUCUAGCGGGAUUCUUAACAUCAUCCUGCGUCUUAGCUAUGGUUAGUUCAAACGUCUUCAAGCCCUUUCUGCUACGCAACAUCGACUUUUGUUAUAUAUUUGGCUUAUUCUAUGACAUAUUCGAAUGCGCAAUAUAUUACAGUUAUUGUCUUCAAUCGUUUUAUCGUCUGUGUCGAAUAAUUUACUACAAAGUUCGAUUUUUGUUAUCUUGGAGGUUUUAUCGAGUCUUAAUCCUAAUUCAAUGGUUCAUAACUAUUAUUUUACUUUUGCCGACAUUAUUUCUCAAAUGGUACAUUCACUUACCGGGCGAAAGCUAUUGUCUCAUUCCGUAUGAUAACCUGAUUGGUUCGUUUUAUUUAAUCCUCGUUCUGUAUUCCAUUCCAUUAAUAACAAUGAUCGUUAUUUAUAUUUGGAUAACGAGAUAUAUUCGAACCAGAACAAACAUUCGUGCAACGGAAAAACAACGAAACUUGAGAGAUUUUACUGCUAUUAAACGAAUUAUCGUCUGUGUACUCAUUUUAAUCAGCCUACGCUUUCCAACUAUUGCCUUUAUAUUCUACGGAAUUGGCAAUGGAUAUUUAUUUAUAUGGACGUAUGCAAUUGUCGGAUUGGUUACAGCUACAUGUUUAAUAUUUAUUGCUCUCAUGAGCAUUUCCAUGACAAAUAAAUUUAAAAAGCUCGUUUCAAGCUUUUUUAUAGGGACCAACAACCAAGUUCAGCCAAGAACUGGUACAAAUUCUUGA